AUGAAAAGGUUCUCACUUAAGUUUAUGAUUUUUAUGUUAUUGAGUACGUUCACUGUUUUAUAUUUAUAUUCUAAAGUUAACAGUAGCAAUAAAUAUGCUGUUAACGAGCGGCCUGUGCCUUCUAAGGCUUCUAUUAGCAAGGAACCUACACAGAUAGAGAAGGUUGUACUAUCUUUCGUAGUAUGUGACUCGAGAUUCAACGAAUCCCUGAACGUAGUUAAGUCCGUGUUGCUGUUUACAAGAGUUCACGUACACUUCGUAAUAUUCGCUGAUGACAAUUUAAGACCAAAGUUCGAUGAAACUUUAACAAAAUGGAAGCAAGUUACAAAUAACCAGCUGGACUUUGAGCUUCAUAGAGUAAGCUUUCCACAAGAACAUGAGCAAGAUUGGAUGAACCUAUUUAGCAAAUGUGCAGCUCAACGACUAUUUAUUCCUGAACUGAUACCUGACACAGAUGCUAUGAUAUAUGUGGACACAGACACCCUGUUCCUGGGACCUGUGGAGGAGCUGUGGCAGUACUUCACACAGUUCAAUUCCUCACAGAUGUCUGCAAUGUCCCUUGAAGACGACAACCCUAAUGUGUCUUGGUAUCCGAGAUUUGCUAAACAUCCAUUUUAUGGCAAAUUUGGCCUCAACUCUGGUGUGAUGUUAAUGAACUUGACAAGAAUGCGAACAUUUGGCUGGGUAGAAUAUGUCACUCCUAUAAUGUUGAAAUGGAAGCUCUAUAUACCUUGGGGUGAUCAGGACAUAAUAAAUAUAAUAUUUCAUUACCACGAGCGCGCAGUGCACGUGUUGUCAUGCAGGUACAACUACCGCUCGGACCAGUGUAUGUACGGUGACGCCUGUGCCGACGCCACUGACCGCGGCAUUUUCCUGCUGCACGGCAGUCGGAGAGCAUUUCAUAAUAAUAAACAACCAGCCUUUCAGGCGAUAUAUCGUGCGAUAGAUGAGUACGAAAUCGGGACGGAUCCUUCAAAGUAUGUACUUACAAACAUGGACAGGUAUUUCACCGAGGCGUCCCCCUCCAACUGCGGCAACUUGAAGGAAGCUUUCCUUAAAGUUCCAACAAAGACAUUCAGCAAUUUAUAUCCACCACCCGACAGAUAG